UACAACGUGACGUAACCCGUUGCAGCAGUGCUGUUGCCGUAUCUGUUGCGUUCUCUGUCUAAAAUAAUAUCUCAUUCCAUACUGGUUCGUUGCUAUCGUACACAGUCGCGUUUCAACAAUUUGUUUUGUUUUUCCAUUGCGUUUGAGUGACAAUUGCAGAGUUCUAUAAGACAAUUCUUAAUCCUUAUACAUCAUCGUCCAACAUGUCCACGGGAGAUCUCAACUUGGCGACGACCAAGCCGUUGGACGUCAAUCGAUAUGCGACCAAAAAGACAAUAGCUCAGGGAAUGUUGGACAUUGCAUUAUUGACCGCCAACGCUAAUCAAUUGAAAUAUAUACUGCAAGUUGGAGAAAAACACGAAUUUUACAAACCGCUUCUGGUCUUAAUCGCGACUUCCAUACUGUUGCAAGUUUUCAUGGGAGUAAUAUUUUUGUCGUUAAACUUAAUGCGAGACUGCCGGUUUCAUUUGAUCGAAUACAAGACAUCGUCGAUUUUCAUUAACCAAGUGCCGGUCGUUUGUACCUUUAUGGUGUUCGUCAUAAACAUUGUCAUAGGAGCUUUCGAUUCAGGAUUAGCUAGCAUAACCCCACCGGGCACGUUUAACGCUCCGGCUAUUCCACUGGGUUCAAAAUAAUAAUCUGUUUGUUAUUUAUACGGAUCAUGAAAUUAAAAAUACAAUAUGUUACCUAUUUUUUUUUAAUUAAUAGCACCUAAAAUUAUAUUGUUUAUAUCUUGUGAUGAUUUAUGGGCCAAGUGGGAAAAUAAAUAUGUAAGAGCUAAACGCUAUUAUACUAAGUUGAUAUUAUUAAUAGGUAUAAUAGUCUUGAUACUAUAUUAAAAUAUUACUCUGAAACAACAGGAUGAUAGGUACCUACCACCGGCAGCCGGUUCAUGAUUUUGACGGAUUUGAAGUUAAAAUUAUUUGUUUCAAAAGUGUGAAUGACUUUGUUGAAAAUUAAUUCUUUGAUUAAUUUGGAUUUUGCAAACCCAAUGAAAUAAAAGUAUUACUUUUACGCUAUUGUAGUAUGUACAAAGCGUUGGUUAUAGUGGAUAGUUAAAAAGAUUCAAUGCGGUCGGGUUUUAAGGAGUUUUAUAUAGGCAAUAUACCUACAAGAAAAAGUUUUUAAAUUUCAAAACUUUCGCUGAUCGAAUUUUAGUUGAGUAAAAAUAAAAGCAUUUGUUGGCCUCUUCACUGGGGUUAUGUUAGAAACCAUUUUUUAUUUUAAAAAAAUAAUAAAAAUUUGACAAUUUGUUUAAAUCGAAUAAUCAGUUUCCAACAUAACUUAGUAAAGUAGCCAAGAACCUCGUAUACCAGAUGUCUUAACAGAAUUGAAAUCAAACCGCACCGAUUAAGUAGUCGAAAUUUCGUCAGCCUUUUUGGUUUAAAGCGUCAAAAAAAAAAAUAAGCAAUUUUCAAUUCUCUUAAGAGCUAAAUUACAUUUAAUAUUGUUUUACAGUUUUUCAGGAGUUAAUUUUGGACCUUUUAAGCGUAUUUUAAAUUGCUUAUAUUUCAACUACCACUUUUAUUCGCCUUAACAUGUUUCAUUCGAAUUAAUUAGUCGGUUAAACAAUUCUGUUCUAUAUUUUAUUGUAUUUAUAUAGGUGCUUGUCGGUGGGAUAUUCUUAAUUGUCGGAGGGCUGGACAUUAAAAAAACGAAGGAUCAAUGGAAAUGUCUGAUCUUAAACGACGUUUCUGUCAUUAUGGUUUUCCUGA